AUGGGACAAGGUUGCUGUGCAAAUAGAGAGUAUCCAGUUGAAGAUGGUGCCAUCCUUCCACAAGAAAAGAGAAGAAAAUUCAAGUACGAACUUUCUACAGCUGUGAAUAAGAUGAAACUCCACAAAGAAGUGCUAUCUCAGCAACAGGUCCUUGACUUUGACUCAUAUAAAUCUAUUAUGGCUCUAAUCAAUGCCUAUGUUACAGAUCUGACUGACAAGAAGAAUGAACUUGAUUUUGAAAAGAGAAUAGAGUUACUCCAGAAAGGCGACACCGAGGAAUAUGAUAAAAUGAUAUUCGAGAUAUGUCUGUAUCAGGUUAGAGUGCAAGAAAGUCUCAUGACUCUUGCAAAGGACUCUUUAGAAAUUCACGAUGAGGCAGUCAUUCAAAACUCUCAUGAGACUUAUGAGAGCAGAUAGCAGUUGUUUGAUCACAUGAACGAGGAGGUCCGCAAGAGAUAAGACAAAAGACUUGUAAGUCAAAGAUCUAAGAAAACGGGAGAACUCACAAUUGAUGCUUAGAAUGAAGCAUAUAACUUCUACUCAGAAAAACUAAGCUACGCAAACUAAUAAGUUAUUGACAACCCAGAUACUGUGAAUUCAGACAAGCAUAUCAACUAUAUUGAAGAGUAGAGCUUGAAGCUUGAGGACUAAAUCUAUCUUAAAUAUGGAUUGAGCUUCCAUGAAUUCAGAAUCAUCUUAGAGAGAAAGAAGGAGGACUCUGAAACUCCUAUUGCUAAGCCUUGA